UGCCACAGUGCUAGUUAAGCAAGUUUGAGUGUUACGUUAAUCAGAGAAAACCCGUGCGAGGACUAAAAUGUUGCCCUAUCAGGCGGUGGCCAUGGACUAUGCCGGCUAUCAGCGGCAGCCGACGCCGGGUCAUCCCGGCAGCCAUAUGGUCGGCUCGCUGGGCAUGUCAGCGGUGCCCUUUAGCCACUCGUGGAUGGUGCCCACACAGGAUCUGUGCGGCAUGCCGCCAUACAACAAAAUGCCCAAUCAACAUCAGCCGGGCGCGCCAGGAAUGCACGCUCAACAGCAACCCAUCGAACCGGGCAUUCUGGAGCUGCGCAAGGAGAAGUCGAGGGAUGCGGCACGCUCGCGGCGCGGCAAAGAGAACUAUGAGUUCUACGAGCUGGCCAAAAUGCUGCCCCUGCCGGCAGCCAUAACCAGCCAGCUGGACAAGGCCUCCAUUAUAAGACUGACCAUUAGCUAUUUGAAAUUGAGAGACUUUUCCGGACACGGUGAUCCGCCAUGGACGCGCGAGGCGUCCAGCAGCAGCAAGCUUAAAAGUGCAGCCAUUCGACGCAGUCCCGCCGUUGAUUUGUUCGAGCAACAUCAGGGCACCCACAUACUGCAGUCGCUGGAUGGCUUCGCCUUGGCGGUGGCAGCGGAUGGCCGCUUCCUGUACAUAUCGGAAACGGUGUCCAUCUACCUGGGUCUGUCGCAGGUGGAGAUGACGGGCAGCAGCAUAUUCGACUAUAUACACCAGGCGGAUCAUGCGGAAAUUGCCGACCAGCUGGGUCUCAGUCUGACCAGCGGUGCGGGCGGCGGCGGCGGCGGCGGGGGAGGAGGAGGAGGCGGUGGUGGUGCUGGCAGCGUCAGCGGUGCUGCUGGCCUGGCCUCACCCACAUCGGGCGCUUCGGAUGAUGGCAGCGGCACACACGUGGCCGCCUCCAUGACGCAGGCCUCGACCAGCGGCUACAAGGGCUACGAUCGCAGCUUCUGCAUACGCAUGAAGUCUACCCUAACCAAGCGUGGCUGCCACUUCAAGUCCUCCGGCUAUCGGGCCAACGAUGCAACCAGCAAUUGCAACGGUAGCAAUAACAAUGGUAAAAAUGUUAAGAAUCCGGCCUCAAACUAUUCGGUCGUUCUGCUGCUGUGCAAGCUGCGACCGCAGUACACCUUCUCGCACACACGCAAGUCGCAGCCCCCGCUGCUGGGCAUGGUCGCGUUGGCGAUUGCCCUGCCGCCGCCGUCGGUGCACGAGAUACGCCUGGAGUGCGACAUGUUUGUGACGCGCGUUAACUUUGACCUGCGCGUGGCGCACUGCGAGCCCAGAGUAUCCGAUUUGCUGGACUAUACGCCCGAGGAUCUGGUGAACAAGAGCCUCUACUCGCUGUGCCAUGCCGAGGACGCCAAUCGCCUGCGCAAGAGCCACACAGAUCUGAUCGAGAAGGGUCAGGUGCUGACCGGCUACUAUCGACUGAUGAACAAGAGCGGCGGCUACACCUGGCUGCAGACCUGCGCCACGGUCGUCUGCAGCACCAAAAACGCCGACGAGCAGAACAUCAUCUGCGUCAACUAUGUCAUAAGCAAUCGGGAGAACGAGAAUCUCAUACUGGACUGCUGCCAGCUGGAGCCAAGCGUGGACAGCAUCAAGCACGAGGAGGGCCUGGGCAACGACAAGAGCAGCGGCUCGCCCGGCGGCGAUGCGGCCGGCGAGGGCAAUGCGCAUCUCAGCGCGGGCGACAUGAAGCUGGGCCUCAGCUCGCCCAAAACCUUGGCCGACCCGGAGGGCCAUACGCAGCGCAGCGGACGCGGACGCAAUGCGUCCACGCACGGCAGCAAUCUGAACAGCCUGGCGCUGAUCAAGGACAGCCCCACGCCGCUGGGCGUCGAGGUCGAGGGCGUGCUGCCCGCGACAGUGGCCACGCCCGUGCCGACGCCAGCGCCCGCGCCCGCAACAACAACGGCGGCAACAACAACAAAGAGGAAGCGCAAGAGCAAGGCGACGCAGCAGGCCGAGGAGCAGCAGCAGCAAGCGGAUCUGCAGCAGCAGGUGGAUCAGCAGCAGCAGCAGCAGCCGCUGAGCAAGCUGCCGGCGCUGGAGCAGCCGCACAGGGAUGCACAGCAGCCGCGCAGCCGGCUGCCCAGCAUGGUGGACGAGCAGCCGGCGGGCGCAGACUCUGCCGUCAAGGAUCUGGAGCAUGCCAUGUCCAAGCAUCUGCCGUCGCCCAGCGCCAACCAGCCCAGCACAGACUUCAGCGCGGAUGCCCUGAUCAAGCAUCAGCAGCAUCAGGUUCAGCAGCAACAGCAGCAGCAGCUGCAGCAUGAUCCCAACGAGAAGAGCAGCACCAUCCAGUGGAUAGGCGCGCCCUAUCAGCAGCCGGCGCCUAUGCCGGCCACCGCGCUGCUGCGCCAGCUCUACGCCAAUCGGGAGAGCGUCAUCCGGGCCACAGCUCGCCAAACCCCAACGGGCGUCUUCUAUGGGGAGCAGCAGGGCGGGCCGCUGCCGACGCCGCCGGGCAGCGAGUCCUCCUAUGAGAAUCAAUAUCUGCAGCUGCAUUCGGCGGCGGCGGCCGCCUCGGUGACGCAUCCGGGCGGCCAGAAGGCGCCCGGCGGCAACUCCACAGACGCCUUCACCAAUCUGGUGUCCACCUACGGCGGCUAUCACAGCUCCAUUGACUACCACAACGCGAUGACGCCGCCCAGCUCGGUGUCGCCGCGCGACAGCAACAACUCGGCCAAGGCGCCGGCCGCAGCCGCUCCGCCGCCCGGCCUGCUCGUGGGCAGCAAUGGGGGCUACGACUACGCGGACUCGCUGCGCGGCCAAUAUGCCACGCCCGUGGAUGGAGGUGCGCCCGCCGCCUCGCUGCCACUGAAGCCGCAGGCGUAUACCGCCGGGAUGCAUCCGCAUGCGACGACCACGACGGAGGGCGGCGUCACCUACAGCAAUCUCGACCAGCCGCAGUACUUUGCGCCCCACUCGAGCUUCCAUCUGUACCACAAGGGCAGCCCGGCGAGCGCCUGGUACUCGACGCCCUCCUAGGCGCGGCACGACCAGGCAGCCUUCGAGCUGCCCGCUUGCCAGCAAAGGCAACAGCAGCAGGAGCAGCAGCAGCGGGAGGAGUCGCAGGAACGUUGGGACUUUGUCGGCGCACUGGGCAAGGUGGCGCGCAUGUUCUUUAAUGCGCGCAAGGGCAACCACUAGACAGGGGACGUGGAAGGGAUGAAGCGGGAGCUAAGCAAAGCCAGAUACCAUUUAAAAAAGCAAGUGUGGCCGGGAUUAAGUGGGAGGAUCAUGACAAAAAGUGAAACUGCAAAGAAUCAAAGCUUCAUUUUGAGGGAAAAGGUAGGAGGGAUCAAAGCCCUAGUUGAGAGCACAAGCUCUAGGGGAUCGGGCCCCUUCGCUGAGGCGCAAACCAGCAGGAAUCCAACUCCCACUCAGAGGCUUAAGCUGACAUGGAUCAAAGCCCUACUCUAGUGCAAAAUAGCAAGGAUCAAUGCCCCACUUUUGGAACAAGCUAGUAGGGAUCAAUGCCCUUUUCCUUUAAUCGCAAACUAGUUAGGAUCUACGGCUCCUUUUGGAGCACAAGCUAGCAGGGAUCAAGUCCUGCUCUGGCGUUAACUAGGAUCAAAUCGCAACUUUGCAACUGUAAUCAAGUAAGGAUCAUGCUCUGAGGCACAAACUAGCAGGGAUCAAAGCUCCACUUUGAAACGCAGGCUAUCAGGUAACAAAGCCCCCUUUUAAUCCCAAAACUAACUAGAAUCAAAGCUCCACUCUAAUCCAAACUAUCAGGGAUUAAAUCCCCACUCUGAAACAUAGAAAGGCCCCCCUUUAAGGCGCAAAACUAAACAAGAUCGAAGUCCCACUUUUGGCCAUAAACUAGCAAAGCUCAAGCUCCCCUUUUUUUUGC